CCCAGACCGUACCAUUUCACACCCACAGAUAGCCUUCAUCCACUUGACUCCAAGGAUCCGCCUACACGUGUUUAGCUUCUUUGCUGCGUUUUUCAGGAUUCAUUUUCCAUUUCAGGCUGAAUGUUUCAACUAAACUUAUCUGGACCAGUCCGUCGGGCGAUGGCUUCCUUUAUGCCAGUCUUCUUGCAGAAUCCAUGAGCUUCUUCUCACCACCAACUCCUGCGCUAUUCAAUUAACAACACGUAUAGGAGCCUUCUCCACGAGUCUGCGGUGAACCAUUGCUGCAUGCCAGGAUUAAUUCUCCGUUUGGUUUGAAUUAACCCAAAGGACGUUGCCGGAACGUCGUCUUAACCUCAUCUUGAUAUACUGUCCUAUUGUUCGGAAAACGAACUCUGUUUACUGCGCGCGCCACAGACUUUCUCACAACAUGUCGAUUAGCUACACAAAGACUGGCUUCUCGGUUAAGGACAUUUUGGAUCUUCCAGACACCAAUGAUGGUUCUGGAACCGAAGAGACGGAAGAUGAGAACGAGGAGGACACUAGAGAGAUUUUGACGCAAAAUCCCUCUUCUGAAAACACUGGAAAUAUGCCCUAUAAGAGCCUUUUGUGUGAUGGUGGUGAUGGUAACACCUACUCAAGAUGGAUUGCCUCCUCCAACAUCCAAUAUUCAUCAGUGCAUGGCUUCUCAGUUAAUUCUCGAACCCACACAAAAUCUCCAGAGUUGUCCGCGGACGAAUCCCAAGACAUCGACCGAGACAUCGCAGGUGACAGCAGCGAUUUGGGAAAGAAGAGAAAAAGAAGAGUGUUGUUUUCUAAAGCGCAAACCUACGAACUUGAGCGUCGAUUUCGACAGCAGAAAUAUCUCUCCGCGCCUGAGAGGGAGCACCUUGCCAAUGCACUACGACUGACCCCGACGCAGGUGAAGAUCUGGUUUCAGAAUCACCGGUACAAAAUGAAGAGGGCACGCGCUGAGAAGGGUUUAGAGAUUGUUCAUCUCGUGUCCCCGAGACGGGUGGCCAUCCCAGUUUUGGUCCGGGACGGGAAACCUUGCGACACUAGCAAAUACCAGGAACUUGAGGCCUCGUUCAGGGCUGGAAUGCCCUUCUCAGCGUAUAGUGCCUAUUCUCUCCAUCACAUGCAUAUGCGCUCCCACUACAGUUCCGACGCCAUGACACAUAUGCCCAGUGUCCAUCAUUUGGCGCAGAUGUACCAAUGGACUUGGUAGACCUUGGAUAUUUCAAAGAACAAACACAACUUUUACUGAUUUGGAUUUGAAUAUUUCCAAGAGCUGUCAUAACUGAUAAUGGGGUGGCCCAUGAGGUCCGGACAAUGUUCGAAGGCUCGUUAGAUU